AUGCAUCUACUUUUACUCUUGCUUCUCGUGACGUUCCUGGGCGUGCUCUUCCGGAACCACAGGCGAAAGUACAGCUUCGCCAAGGUCUGGCCGGAAAUGGAACCGGUGUACCCACUGAUCGGCAACGGCACCAUCAUGCUCGGGAAGAGCGACCCGGACCGGUUCGAUAUGCUGCUCGAGGUGUUCAGCAGGAGCGAUCGAUUGAUUAAGCUUUGGGCUGGUCCGAAGCUGGUUCUUUGUACGAGCCAUCCGGAUCUGAUACGGCAGCUGCUGAACAACGAACACUGCCUGGAGAAACCGUUUCUGUACGAUUUCGUGGGCUACUAUCGGGGCCUUUUUGCGGCCAAAUAUCAUCUGUGGCACGGAUUACGGAAGCGGAUUAACCCGGCCUUCGGCUUUCGAACUCUGCCUCAGUACACUCGAAUCUACGCCAAAUGUGCCCAAAGGAUGGUUCAAAGUUUGGCUCAAUUGCCAAACGGGGCAACGGUUAACAUUUUAGAUUACGCCGCAGUUUGCACGCUGGACAUGUCGUGUGCGGCCACGCUGGGAAUCGACGUGUUUGAAACUGAGGGCAAGGACGAAAUCAUUCGCUGUUUGGAUGCGUACGUAAACAAUAUACUUUUUGUUCACAUUGAAUUCCGGUAA